GGCCAUUUUACGUGACGACUGUUGUGACAAACCAGAAGUGUCAACCGCUGGCUGCAGAGUUAAUUUUGAACCACAGCUGAUGUUCAAACCCCGAAGACCCGAAAAAGAACAAAAUUAACCGAGACCCGACAACUUAACGCCUGUCUUCAACACCCGCCAAAGGAUCUGAAAAUAACCACAAUGCGAGAAACAACGACUAAUUUUGACUGUUUUCCUCCACCAAGCUAAGCUAGGUUAGCCCGGAGCUAGCGCAGGCAGCCAGUCUUCAGCUCUCACUGGGGAACAUGUUCUGAAUCCGGAUCCAGCUUUCUCUCUCUCUCAGCACGCUGGGUGCCGUGUUCAGACUCACCGCCGCACUUCGUAAAGUCAGGAUGUGGCUGCAGCAGAGGCUGAAGGGGCUCCCCGGGCUGUUGUCGAGCAGCUGGGCGCGGAGGCUCCUGAUCGGGCUGCUCAUCUUCCUCAUCUUUUACUGGUACUUGGGGGCCGAGCACAGGUGGAGGUUCUUCAGCGGGACGGCCAUGCCCGGCGGGGCGGCCGGACAGUGCCUGCUGGCUGAGAUUCACAGGUGGAGCUCUCUGGUGGAGCGUGGAGAAGGGGUCUACAGCACACCUCAGGAACAGCUUGACACGCCUUUCGUGUCAGGUAAUGGCCACAUCCUGAUAGACAUCGACUCCAACAGACUGUGGGUGUCUUCGUCCUCACAGCCCGGCUCUGCCCCGGUGCAUCAGACAGAGUUCUCCCCGAGAGUGGGGGUCCACCUGGAGGGGAAGCGGGCGGAGGCUCAGGCCACCAUGCUGUGGUUCAGGAAGGGGGCUGUGCUGUCGGUCCGCUGUGCCUCCCCAGUCGGCCUACAGUCCUCCAGGGAUUGUGUGACCAUCAGAGAGGAGUUCAUCGCACACAGGAGCAGACCUAAUGUGUACCUGCAGAGGAUCCACAUAAACAACCCCUCUGACAGGCCUGCCCCCCUGGACAUCUCCUCUGAGAGUCCCUCUUAUGGGAGCAAGUUCUCCUCCAGCGUGGAGAAACUGGACGACAAAGACAUCAUCCUCUCCUCCGGCAGAGUUCCUGUGGAGAACAACCGCAUGGUGCUGGUGGUGGUGGUCUCUAAGAAACUGAACAGCAGGAUCCAGGUCCCUGCUAAAUCUGAGUACACGGACAACAUCAUGUCAGUGGUGUGGACCUCAGACCCCAUAGAUCCCUCUAAGCUGGAGGAGACCUUCAGCAUGCUCAGAGAGGGGGCCAAGAAGGAGCUGGGGGAGUUGCUGAGGGCCAAUGUGGAGGAGCUGGUCCAGGACCACCAGCAGGCCUGGAUAGACCUCUUCAUCUCAGGUGAGCCGAGGCUGCAGCAGUGGCUGGUUCUGGUCUUUAGAUAGACAAACAGGUAGCUAGAGGACUAUAUACCAUAGAUCAGUGGUUCUCAACUGGUCUCACUCUGGGACCCACAUUCUCCCAUGGUCCUUAAGUUGCAACCCACUUUUAUAAAAAUCAAACCAAGCAAAUUUAUUUUUUAUUUAAAAAAAAAAAAACCUUAAAGACUCAAAUCUUUAACAUUAAUACUCCGUUUUUAUUGAGUACAGUGAAUUUCAGAGCACACAAACUGACGACGACAACUACUUAAGUUGCAUGUACAGAAAAUAUCAAAUUGCACAAAAUGGAGACCAAAAAAAAAACAAGGUCAUUUUGCUGCAUUUAGGCCAAAUUAAUAAUAAACCAAGGAGGACCACAACACAACAUGUGCCUUUCAAAAUAAGCUAAAAUAAAACAUGUCAAACAUCAGAUGCGCAUUAAAUAUUUACUUUUUUGACCAGCUGUUCGCAACCCAUCCCGAAUGUGGCCGUGACCCACUUUUGGGUCGGGACCCACCAGUUGAGCACCACUGCCAUAGAUCUAAUAUAUUGACCCAAACUAGGAAACAAUGGUGUCAGAAAUUAUCACAGCAAAUACAGGAUCUGAUAGGACGCAUGUGAUAGGGGUGGGGAUCACAAACAGUUUUACAGUACGUGACCCUUAGCACUGAUAUCAUUACCACCAUGCACUAAUCAAUGAACUGCAGGACUUUGAUAAUAGACCCCAAAACCUGAUACACUGAUGAAGACAAAAUACCUCCACCAUGAGGAGUCACAAAGUGUGUCUUUGAUGCAAUGAGUCAACCUGGAGGAGCAGCAUGUGUCUGCAGACCUGGAGGCUGCAUAUUCAGGACUGCAUUUCUUGGAUCUUUGGACCUUUUGUUGUUUGAGACAGCAGCAUUUAGAGCACUGGAUCCCCGAGGCGUGUAUUUUUAGAGUGUGAUGUAAUCAGUUUUAGUUAACCCAGCAGCCCUUCCCCACAACUACAAAACGGUCCUAAAGAUCCCAGAAUUGCGGUCCUUAAACUGCAGCCUCUGGCUCUGCAAACAUACACCACUAAAUUUGAGAAGAGAAUGGUUUUAUAAAGAUAUUUUGCACUAAUAAUGCAAUAUUUGUAUCAAAAGGGUCAGGACAACUAAACAUUUCUUUAUCAACAUUUUGCCCUACCUGUAAGGAGAGCUGCGCGAUUAAUCAGAUUUAAUCAUGAGUUUGGACCAACAUCUGAACUCUGCUUACCUUUUCACUUGAAAAGAACUAAUAAGAUCCACAUUUUAUGUCUUCUAUAGAUUAUGACUAGAUUUUUUUUCUGUCUCUACAGCCCCAGAAAAUAGGAAAGGUGUAAAAAUAGACUGUGUUAUUAGAGGCUGUGAGUGUAAAUAUGUGCUUUAGAGCAGGUCCUUGUCCUGUGUCCUGAAUGUGUUUAGCUCUACAGAGUGUGUCUAUAAAAACUGCUCAGAGCCAUAACUCACAGAGACAGGAACUCUCUCUCUCUCUCUCUCGCUCUCGCGCUCUCCCGUCUCUUUCUUUUUUCGCUUAACGUGUUGUGUUUUAUCAGCUGAAUGUUUGGGCUCUGGUCCAUGAACUACCAGGCCAAAAGAGAACAGUGAUAUGCUGGAUAAAGAGGGCUCUUCAUUUACUCUGUGAUUGGUUUGACAGGUUGCUUUUUUUGACACAGUAUAUUUCCUGAUGAAUCCUUGCUUUGAUUUAUCUGACUGCUCUGUGGAUUCAACAUGUCUGCCAAUCCGUGGUUUCCUCAGCUCCUCAAGUCUCACCGGAUGUUUGACUCACAAUGCUCCUAUUGUACGAGUUAACUCGAGACUGGAAGUCUUCCUUCAAGCUGAGCUUCUUCACUUCACUUGAUGCUUGGUUUUAGAGUUUACUCAGUUAUAGAAAUGCUGAAAUAGCAAGAACAAAGUCUGAGGAGUUGUAAAUGCCUGAAAAGAGAAAAGAUGAUCGAGUUAAAAGCUGUAAAAUAAACUUAAGUGAGGAUCCAGAGUUCAGAUUGUUUUUAUCUUCUUCUAAGGGCAAUCAUUAUAGUUUUAUUUACAACGCAACAUGUUGAAGUUUUGUAGUAGCUGUAUUUCUUCUUUGUUGGUCCUUUAGGUGUUGAAAUGAGGAAAAUCACAGACUCCCACACCCCAUCGAGCCGCACAGUCAACACCACCCUCUACUACAUCCUGUCCUCCACCACGGCUCCUCUGCUGGAUCGACGGCUAGGCAGCGAUGAACGUGCUCGACUGGAGUCCAGCCUCAACUACGCCGACCACUGCUUCAGCGGCCACGCCACCAUGCACGCAGAGAACCUGUGGCCCGAGCGGGUCAGCAACGCAGCUCAGAUCCUGCAGCUGGUCACGCUGUGGACUCUGACCCUGCAGAAGAGAGGCUGCAAGGUGCUGGUGGCGGCAGGAGCUCAUGGGGCCAUGCAGGGCAUGGUGCUCAGCUUCGGAGGCCUCCAGUUCACAGAGAACCACCUCCAGUUCCAGGCCGACCCGGAUGUGCUGCACAACAGCUACGCCCUGAGAGGGAUCCACUACAACCAGGACCUGAUCAACCUGGCCGUGCUGCUAGACGUGGAGGGGAAGCCGUUUCUGCACGUGUCGGUGAAGCCUCAGGAGACACCGGUGAAGCUGUACGCCUGCGAGGCCGGCUGCCUCAACGAGCCCGUGGAGCUGACGUCAGAGAUCAAAGGUCACACCUUCCCUGUCAUGGUGACACAGCCAAUCACACCACUGCUCUACAUCUCCACAGACCUGCGCCACUUGCAGGACCUCCGCCACACCCUGCAUCUCAAGGCCAUCCUGGCGCACGAGGAGCACAUGGCCAACAGGUACCCGGGUCUGCCCUUCCUCUUCUGGUUCAGCGUGGCCUCGCUCAUCACCCUCUUCCACCUUUUCCUCUUCAAGCUCAUUUACAACGAGUACUGUGGCCCCGGAGCCAAGCCCCUCUUCAGGAGCAAGGUAUAAAACCAGCGUCAUGAAACUGGAGACAGAAAAACUGCAAACUGUUUUUUUUUUUUUGUUGUUUUUUUUUACUUGUGUGUGUGUGCGUGUGUGUGUGUGGUGGCAAAGAUUUCUCUCUAUCGGCGCUCUCUCUGUGGGUCGGUUUCUCACUUUCAGCUUUCACCUUCUCUGUGAGCGAACUUUAUUUCCCCAUCUCACUUGGUACAUGAUUGGAGUGGGUUUGCACAAAGAGGUGGUCCUGCAGGUUUGAAGGAGUUGAUAAGUUUUUACUGCAGCUGUUUCCUCGGAGAGACUGUGAGCAGCCAAACAUCCGAUCACGAUUCCAAGCACCAGUCGAGUCGUAGCCUUAAUUUAACAAGAAAAAGUUCAACUUUUCACCAUCUGAUCUCUGGGUUAGACCCCCCGUCAUCUCAGCUGUUGAAUGUGAUAAAUCUGUUGAUUGGGAUUGAAGAAAAAGAAGCACAAGUGUUCGAGUCUCCUCUGAAAUUAAGACACUGUCGUCUGUUAUUUCUCUGCAUGCACAUGGUUCUUGAUUUGCAUUUUUAAAGGACCUUAAAGUGAUUCUUCAUUUACAACAAGUCACUUUUUUAGCCAAGGAGUUAUCAGUUUCAUCCACCUCCUCAUGGUGUGGAAGUCAGGUGUCCUUACAGAUGAAAACUUUGUUCAUGUUUGCUUCAAAGCGAGGUGCAGCUUCAGCUCCAUACGUGCUUACAGAGGUCUGCUGUGUCUGCAGCCAGGUCUGUCUCUAAAUAUCAAUCGCAUCAGGCAUAAAGACCGUCUUCAGCACCCAAAGACAUAGCACACAUGAGCGAUCAUCCUCCAUUUAUUCUGAGAUUUAUCCUUAAACACCUCUUCUGCUCCAACGUCAGACUGUUCAGGAAGAGAAAACAAACAAAAGCAGGCAAGAAAAUGACAAACUGUCACUGCUCACGAAGCUAUAACAGCUCUAAAGUGUUAUUUUCCAAGGUUUCUGAAUCUUAGUUUGUCAUUUAGCAAGGAAAGAAAGUCAGAGACCUUCAAUCUGCCUGGAUAAAAGGACUCUCACAUCAUGUUCUCUCAUCACAUUAAAGUUAGAUGAAUGUAAUUUGUUGUAUCUGAAGCACAUCAUUAUUGAGGUCCUUUAAGAUGAUCCCAGUAAAUAAGAAAAAAAGCCAUCUCCAUGUUUUGCAUCAGUUUUACACUGAGAAGCUGGUUUACUCGCCUGCUGAUUAAGAGGGUUUUAUAGAUUUUUAGGUCCAAAACGACUGAAAAUGUGGGCAGUGUGGGGGUGUGAGUGGCAUUUUAAGUCGACAGGCUGAGCAGACAAAUAAUUACAAAGAAGUAUUCAAAAACAAAAUUGGCUUCCUGGUUUUUAUUAUUGGUGCAUCUCUAAUCACAACAUGGUUUAUUAGAUAUUAUAUAUUUGCAGGUGUGAUUAGUUAUUUUCUCAGUGUCCCAGUAAACAGAUCCAACACAACAAUCAGACAGCCUGUUUAAAAAAAUAUAAAAAAUGUGAGUUUGAGAAACUUUUAAAGCUCGUAGGCCCAACACUAAGAGUCAAAGUUGAGCACAAACGUCUCCUGAGUGAUACUGAAGAUGUUCUCACUCUGAGUUUGUCCCCUUAUUUUUAUUUAUUGAGCUUUGUUUCAAUCUUUUCUGAUUGUUCAUGAAAUGAAAGGUUAAAAAAAAAGUUACUAAAGAGGGGGAUUAGAUUAUCCUGGAUAAACUUAAAGUAAAACCAUCCUUCGACUGAGAGAAAUUAACUUAUUAAAAGACUAACUGAAGUGUGAGGUGGUGCUGGGAGAGUGUUUUAUCUGCAGUCAUGUCAAAGAAAGACACAGCGAUACUGACAUGUUGGACUGUUUUUGAAGGAGGUGCUGCAGGUACAGCGUUCGUCUCUGAUGAUCAGCAUGGACUCUCUGCUCACUCUUUAUCUCCUCCUCUUUUCUCCUGCGUUUUGAUGAUGUUUUUUAUUAAAUCACAAGAUUAAAUUAACAAAUCUCUGGGUUGGCUGUGGCUCUUCACUCUCAGCAUGCCUGUGUGUGUUUCUGUCUCUCCUGGGGGGCCAAAAGGGCAGUGGAUUGGCGGGAGCAGUGGUAUGGUUGUGGGGCGGGGUGGGGGGGGUCGGAUUUCCCAGCUGUUCUAACCCUCCGCUCUGACUCCACCAGGUCGCCAGCAAACGUGAAGACGGCUGCUGCGACAUCAAGAAUGCUGCUUGAGCUCUGUGCGCACGUUCAACAUGUGGUAGUGGUCCUGCUUGAGCUUUGGCAGCAUGAGAGACUUUUUGGGGGGUUGAUGAGGUUCUUGUGCAGAGAAAACACCCACAAACCAGCUGUGAACAGAUGACAAAGUUAAAACAGGGCGUCCACAUCACAUUCAAACCAAAGAGGGCUCUGACUAGUGUUUAUUUUCUUGGAUGUGAAUAUUUUUGUCAUGUAAUGAUUAUAGAUCCGUUUGAUAAAUAUGAUGAUCAGUAAACGUUAAUAAGACUUAAAGUCAAAAUCCCAAACAUGAAGUCAAAUCACCUGCAAGAACAAGAGUAAGUAAACUUUAUGACAUUUUUUUCAUUUGUUUUUUUCUUUUGCAUUAAAGCUCCUGUGAGAAACUUUAGGUUUGUGUUGAAAUUGGCGCCCCCCAAUGGACAAAGUAGUAUCUCUUCUAUUUUCUAUUUUUGUCAACAUUUUAAGAAGAGGUGAACUGUGUGCUACAUCCUUAAUACAUCAGUCCUCAUAGAUCAUUUAAAAAACUGACCAGCUCUGAUUAGUUAUUUUGUUUUGUACAUAUAUAAUUUCUGUUAAAUGUAAAUAAACGGAGCUUCCACUUGCCACCUACCCUACAGCAGCGCUUUUAGAUUUAAAAAAAAAUCACAAAAAAAGUUUGAGUCGUAUCACUCAUGGGCUAGUUUGCUUUUGUAGCUCAUAAAAAAGGUAUUUGUAUUAUUAGUUCUGUUGUAGGAGAAGUUCAAAACUCCUCACAGCGACUUUAAAAAGAGUUCUUUAAUAAUAUUUGUGCCUGUCUCUUAAAGCUCCUGUGAGGAGUUAUUAAUAGGUUACAAAACAGACUGUAUAUAUUAUAAGUGACACCUUAAUAUGACCUGCAAAAACAAAGAGUAAACUUUUCUUAUGUAAUUUUUUAAUUCCUAAAAACACUGCACGUAGGAGUAGGAGUCAGAUGUGUUGAUUUCCACAUGAUGUUCUUUUCCCAAGAACAUAUCCAGAAUGAGUGAUACAUCUGACUGUUAAAGAAAGCUGUCUUUGUCUGAAAGCACAAUUUAUUCAUAAACAAGAUCAGACAGGAUGCAAGAGGGAUCACUGACCAUGCAAACAGAAAGUUCCUCACAGGUGCUUCAAGGAAUCCCGUUUUCAGCUGUUAGAACAAGUAUGCUUUGAGCGUUUUUACAUGAUUAAGAUUUGCAGAUUCUUUCUUUGGUCUAAUGUUUGAUCUUCAGUUUAAGGAGGCACCUUUUGAAUCCCUGAUCCUGCAGCAGGUUUGACAGUCUCAUAUGUGCAAAACUAAACUGGCCUCAGCUCGAUGAAUUUAUCUACUUAUCAAAGUGAACUGACCACCAUUUUUAUGGGUGCACCACUGAUUUAGCACCCUUAGAAAGUAUUUCAGAGAAAAAGGGACAGGAUGUGGAAAAAUCAAGGAUAUCUCUUUGAUUUAUCAAAUGUGAAGGUGUUUUCACAUACUCAGAUUCAUACAUGACUGAUUUCAGAUUUACUGCAUCAGAGCACAAAUCUACUGACAAAUCUGUGAUUUAAAAGAAAAAGCAAAAGGUGAAUCAGGUUUUCAGUUUAUCUUUGUUGUCAUGAGGGUUUUGUUUGCUGAAUGUAGAAGGAAGACUUUUAUGGAAAAUUCACCUUGUGUCUGAAAAUAAGAUCAUCUUACUCUUAAUGGGGACUACACUAGAGAACAGGGAAACUUAGCAAUCAUACAGAGGGUGGGAUAAUUUUCUGAUGAGUCCAACACCUCUAAAAUCUUUUCUGCGGCUCUUUCAUUUUCUUACCUCUGCAGAAGGUACCACCUACUCUGAAGAGAUGCUGUGGUAACAUGAGAGAAAAGAUUUUAAUGCUGGGUGCUCAGAUGAACACGCAGAAGUGUUCUCAAGUGGUCUCCUUCGCUUUGAGUCACACAAGGCUGCAGACUUGUUUAUGUGAGAAGUAAGCACCUAAAGCCAGAGACUUCAAAAGAACAAGAUUGCCUAGGAUAGCAGUGAAUGGUCAGUGUGGUCCGCUGAAAGUACCGGGAAGUACCUUUAGCCCAGGAACUGCUUUUUCGAGCGAUAACAGGUUUCUUCAGCCUGUUGGAGUCUGGAGUAAAACAUCUUAAAAGCAGUCCUUAAGUAUUGGUAUUCAUUCUAUCUCUGACAGAGUGAUUUCUCUGAAUAAAUCUCAACGUUCAGUGAGAAUUAGUCUGACUUUAUCAAAGAGAAAUUACUGGUAAAAACCGCCUCAAUAAUCUUUAAUCUCUCUCUGUUGGCUUCAUAGUUCCUAAACCUCUCCUCUCACGGAUCAGUGACUUCAUUUCGCAGCAGCUCUUAGACAAACACUUGGCUGGAUCUGAAAAUUGUGUUUCUUUAAAAAUGGAGAUGUGUGUAUGUUUACCUGUUGACUCUUUUGUGUUGGUUUUCUCUGAUCUCUUUAUUUUCUGUGAACUGCUGAGUGCCUUAAUGAAGAAAAGAGUUAAUUUAUUUCGCUUUGCUCUCUGAUCUGGUUGUUCUUGAAUGGUUUGUGAUCAUGACUGGUUUGAUUUAGUCUUUGAUCGGGGGAACAAAUUACAGAGUUAUUAAAAGAAGAUGUGUCAAUAAAGUAAGUAAAAAUUCAGAAGAGAAACUUGUUUUUCUUUGUGAGUAAAGUUUCUGUGAACUUUCUGCAGAUAUGGUUGUCGUAUUGGCUCCAGAAAUACUAGUCACUAAAAUAUUUUCAUUAUUGUAGACCUGAAAUGGUGAAUAACCUGAACCUCUUCACUAACCUGGAGCAGCAGCAACAAUUAAUGGCUACUACUGUAAUA